AUGUCUGCGCGAAAAUUACAAGUGGAAAUUGAAAAAACGUUUAAAAAAGUGACAGAUGGGAUUGUCAUUUUUGACGAAGUUUACGAAAAGCUGAAUGCCAGCGCCAGUGCCUCUCAGAAAGAAAAACUAGAAGGCGAUUUGAAAACGCAGAUUAAAAAGCUACAGCGUUUACGUGAUCAGAUCAAGACGUGGGCCAGCAGUAAUGAUAUUAAAGACAAGAAAGCUUUAAUAGAAAAUCGCCGACUGAUCGAAGCGAAAAUGGAAGAAUUUAAAGCCGUGGAACGAGAAAUGAAAAUCAAGGCAUUCAGUAAAGAAGGACUGAGUAUUGCCUUAAAGAUGGAUCCAAGAGAAAAGGAAAAGCAUGACACGAUUCAGUGGAUUUCGAGUGCAGUAGAAGAAUUGGAGCGCCAAGUGGAACUGUUAGAAGCCGAGACGGAGAGCUUGCGUGCCACAUUCAAGCGAGGAAAACGUGAUCUUUCUAAGCAAGCUUAUCUUUCCGAACUGGAGUCACGUAUUGAAACCCACAGAUGGCAUCAAGAGAGACUGGAGCUAAUUAUGCGGCGCUUAGAAAACUCUCAAAUAUCUUCAGAUGCAAUCAACAACAUUCAAGACGAUAUUAUGUAUUAUGUCGAAUCCAGUCAAGAUGCUGAUUUCGCUGAAGACAUGAACAUUUAUGAUGGACUUGAUUUAGAUGACUCUUCAGGAAUUUUUGAUGCAGAGAGAUCUGAAAACUCUUCUUCUCCAAUCUCUGACACCUCUUCACAGAAAGACGAUGAAAGCGUACCGGUUGUGGAUUCCCCAUCUCCGAUUGAAUCAUCAUUAAAAGACGUUCUGUCAUCCCCAACUUUCAUGGCUUCGGUACCCCAAGCACAUGAAGAAGAAUUGGAUGCCCCAGAUAUUUCAUCGCCUCCCCCCAAAGAGAAUUCGCAAAAUGAGAUUGAUGGUUCUAGUAGGCCACAAUUGUCCAAUAAUACACCAUCUUUUGCUAAAGCAGCUGCCGUAGCUGCUCCCAGCAAUUCCGCCAGCUUUGUUACUUCAGCUCCGACAAUCCAAAAUAAGCAAACUGUUUCUCCUCGAAUUUCGAAUGCUUCUGCUCCAAAGGAAAAGAAGUAUGCGUUCGCUGCCGCUGCUGCCGCCGCUACUACUUUAUCAAAAGAUCCUAUUGGCACACGAGCGGACGUCCCUGCUUCUCCAAAGGUGGGAUCUGGCAAUAUCCAAUCCAAAUCGGAUACCACAGGCCAUUAUUCAUCGCCGAAGCCUCAAGAAUCAAAACCAGAUGCUAUGCCUGAGGUUUCGGAACAAAUCCCUGAAAUAAAUCAUGAUAGUAUCACAGUAGAAGAGAGCUUAUCCCCACCCCCGGAGUAUAUCCAAGAUUUGGUAGGAGCGCUAAAUGCUUCAAAAGGUCGACUUCAAUACCCCAUGAAUAAAGAAAAGUUGACUGAGGCACUCAAUAUUAGCUGCGUGUACGUACCUGACGCAGUCGAUGCUGCAAAACCAAAAUUUUAUGUACCUAAAGAUCCUUAUCCAGUACCUCACUAUUAUCCGCAGCAGCCUCUUCCCUUGUUUGAUUCUCCAGAAAUGACUGAAGUUGUGGAUCCAGAUACACUGUUUUACAUGUUUUAUUAUUUACCUGGCACAUAUCAACAGUAUCUCGCUGGACGGGAACUUAAGAAACAGAGUUGGCGUUUCCACAAAAAGUACACUACUUGGUUUCAAAGACAUGAGGAGCCCAAACUGAUCACAGACGAGUAUGAGAGUGGAACUUAUAGGUACUUUGAUUUCGAGGGCGAUUGGGUGCAAAGAAAGAAGGCCGACUUUCGUUUCAUGUAUGAGUAUCUCGAAGACGAUGAGGAUUGGAGUCGGUGA